GAGCUCAAGUGGAAUGAGGCCGCGGGGCCGCCUGGGCGCUCUCCGCCAGCGGCCGGGCUUUGGCGGGGAAGAACUGCGGACGACCGGCGCGCCCAAGACCAUGUGCAGAGCGCCCUCCGUUCCACGCACCCGCCCUUCCCCCGCGGCGCGCCUGCCAAGCGAGCUGACCCCGGGCGAGCGACGGCGGCGCCCCCAUGGAUAUUGACCUGGACUACGAGCGCCCCAACGUCGAGACCAUCAAAUGCGUGGUGGUGGGCGACAACGCGGUGGGCAAGACCCGGCUCAUCUGCGCGCGGGCCUGCAACGCCACGCUCACCCAGUACCAGCUGCUGGCCACGCACGUGCCCACCGUCUGGGCCAUCGACCAGUACCGCGUGUGCCAGGAGGUGCUGGAGCGCUCCCGCGACGUGGUGGACGAGGUCAGCAUCUCCCUGCGCCUCUGGGACACCUUCGGGGACCACCACAAGGACCGGCGCUUUGCCUAUGGCAGGUGA